AUGUAUUCUCGCGUCAAAGGCGGGGAAGGCGACACCAAGUACCACGCGCAAAACCCGGACCUCCAGCUUUGGGUUGCGGCUACCUUGGCGAGAAGGCGGAGAGUAUACCAUGAAUUUGCGGUUUUUGGAACAUUGCUGCAGGUUCCGCAGAGCAAGUGGCCGAGGGAUCAGAAGGCGUCUGGGAGAACUAUAACCGCUAGGCCCUUCAUUCCGUUGAUGAUGUACCUCAUGCUGAUCCUCUCUGUGGAUUACCUGCCGCAGGAGGCUUACGCCGGGGUUUGUGGGGUCGUUGUCGAAAGCGUACUAUAUGAAGAGAGGGAGAGUGAUGGUAGCUAA